GUGAGUUAUAUUUUGGAAAAAGAAGCCAGGAUGUAUCCAGGUUCUGUACGAUGCAACAGCAGCAGCAACUUACCAGCACAAAAUUUUCCUUCGGCCACACCCUACGCAGAUUACAUAGGAUACCAUCAUGUCCAAAGUAUGGAUAAUCGUGGACAACCUUCUGGGACUUGGGGAACACAUUAUGGGCUGCCAAGAGAGGAUUGGAGUGCUUACGGCCCAGGACCUUCCAGCACUGUAACCUCCACCCAGAUCAACAGGUCUUCUCCUGGACAGGUCUCCUUCACUCCUGCUGAUUACAAUUCCCUGAAUCCUGCCGGUUCCAUGGCUUUACCUUCUCUAGACGCAAUUAAUUCAGAGCCAAGCUCUCCUCCCCUCAGUCAACGGCACGGCUCCUAUGAAUGGAUGAGGAAAACAGUCCAAUCUACUUCAACAGGUAAAACAAGAACAAGAGAGAAGUACCGUGUGGUCUACACAGAUCAUCAGAGAUUAGAACUGGAGAAGGAGUUUCAUUACAACAGAUAUAUUACCAUCCGAAGGAAGUCUGAACUUGCUGCAAACCUGAGACUUUCUGAGAGACAGGUGAAAAUCUGGUUCCAAAAUCGCAGAGCCAAAGAAAGGAAACUAAUGAAGAAGAAAAUGACCAGUUUUGAUGGCAACAGCCUGGGCUCCAUCCAGAGUGACUCUGGUUCCAUGAGCCCUAUCCCAAUUCGUGACCCACAGACUCACUCAGAAAUGGCUGGCACUUUGUUUCCACCCCCACCCCCGCCCCCUCCUCCUCCUCCUCUUUCCAUGAAUGGCCUCCAGCACAAUGCAACCCUUCCACAAGUUGUGGCAUCUCAGUGA